GACAGGUACACUAAUUACCUCAGACGAGCAGGUCUAGAUGUAAUAUCUUACCAGUUACGACGCGGGUUGCCUACUAUUGAUUCGGCGGCCAUUACUGCACUUGUGGACAGGUGGCGUCCUGAGACACAUAGUUUUCAUCUUCCUUUUGGUGAGAUGACAGUCACAUUAGAGGAUGCACAGAAGAUACUUGGACUCAAUGUUGGUGGCAGAGCAGUGACAGGCCAAUGUGACUCUGACGGAUGGAGGGCUAGAGUUGAGGCCUUUCUUGGUAGGGAGCUUCCUGCUGAGGGCGUUGAACGGACUGCUGGAGUAGGCAUCACAUGGCUCCGUCAGUCUUUUGGUGUGUGCCCUGCUGAUGCUGAUGAGGCUACAGUCCAGUUCUAUUGUCGAGCUUGGAUCUUGCACAUGUUUGGUUGUGUCCUCUUCCCAGACGCCACAGGAGACUGCGCGUCCUGGAUGUACAUCCCAUGUCUAACCGACUGGGAUACAGCUGGACAGUACAGUUGGGGCUCCGCUGUGCUUUCUUUUUUGUACCGGCAGCUUUGUGAAGCUUGCCGUCGUACGUCCUCCUCUUCGUCUAUAGGCGGUUGCGUCUACCUCCUGCAGAUAUGGAUGUGGUUUCGCAUACCAGUUGGUCGACCACGUGUUUUCCAGCCUAGACCCUGGCCAUGGAUGAUUCAUGGAAAUGAUCGUCUUCGACCGACGUAUGCUUAUAUUUGGGACCAAGUGGCAGCUCCUUUUGCGAGAGCUAAGAGGGCAUACAUGGAGUAUGUUAACGAGUUUGACACCCUUUCUGCCUCUAGCGUCACAUGGCAGCCAUACAACGCACCUGAGUAUGCUGGGAUGAUCUUUAGUGUAGUAUGCAGCAGUGAAGAUGAACUCUAUAUGAUGCAAUGUCCUUUGGUCUGUUUCUGGUGUGUUGAGUGGCACCUACCUCACAGGGUUCAGAGACAGUUUGGUAGGAACCAGCUAUGGCCGGUUGAAGAUGUUCCUACUUCAAAGGAGCUACACAAAUUUGACCGGCGGAAGCAAAAGAAGAUAACGGACUUUCGUCAACAUCAUCUGAUAUUAGUAAAUGAUUGGGAAUCGGGUGCUGAGAAUGUAUAUUCCAACGAUGAGUUGCACAACAAUAGUGAUUACAGGCGGUACCAAGCUUGGUACCAGGGUGCGACUCGUUGUAAGCUUCGCCAGCAGUGGACAGCGGAAGACUACGCCGACAUUGAUUCUUCAGACGAUGAAGAAACGGAGUAUGACCUGACCACUAGACUGGGAACCCAAGUGGAGGCGGCACCCAUAUUAGAUCGAGUUGUAAACUAAUAUGUCUUUGGCAUGCAGCGUUUAUCUAGGCGCCUACGUGGAGCUGCUGCUCGCUGUGGCUGCAGGACUACUGUUGCACAUGACGUCCAUGUACCAUCGUGUACCGACACAGCAACGCCCUCCACAGGUCUUGGUGCUGGCUUCGACUACGAUCACGACGAGAUAGGACCUUCACAGCUUGAGGGGGCUCCUUCGACACAGCCAUUACAACCACAGGAUCGUAGGCGACACCGCUCUCCACAACGUUACACUCCAGGCACCGACGCUUUAGGCAAGGGUAAGACUAGGAGACGUUGAAUUGGUUUGGACUCUAUGGACUUGUUAUGUAACGUAUGAAUUAUAUAGACUUGUAAUGGACUCAUUUGGCCUCUACGGGCUUGUAUGACAUUUUAAUGGACUUGUAUGAAUUCUAUGGACUUGUAAUGAACUUGUUUAGACUUUUAUGAGCUUGCUUGGAAUUGUUUACAAUUGUAUGCACUUGUAUGUUAUGCUUAUCUAUGAGUAUGUCUUGGAUUGACAAAAAACAGAGAAAACUCUGCCGAAAUUUUGUGAAAUUGUUGGUUAUG